CUGAUCAUGUGACGCAUUAUUGGAUAUGAAGUACUCCGGCGGCGCGUUGCCGCCAUGUCUCAAAGAGAGAAGCAGUUAUUAUCACUCAUCUCUAUAGGGUUCUUUAGUCUAGUUGGAGCUGUUUUGGGGCUCUAUUUUAUUCCAGCCUUUCUUUAUUUCACUUUAAUCAUCGGGUUUUGUUGUUUUGUUUUUUACCCCCACAAAGGAAACUCGAUUUAUACUAAAUUGGGCCUAAAUCCACGGCGUGGCCUGCGUGUCCCGCCCGUGCUGCGGCGCUGGUUCGCCGGGAAGACAGGUGGCGGCGGGUUGCUGUCCACACCGGGGCGGUUUAGAAGUCGCCACAAUCAGGUUGACGUAAAGUAUUCAGACGUGUACACCAGCCAGAGGCAAACCGAGACGAAUCUCUAUCGCAGAGACGCGUUAACAAGCGAAACCUUUUUAUUCAGUCCCCGAGAUAUACUCAUGGGAAGUUACAUCGCGAAAGAGGGCCAUGACGAGAGGCCGAGAGCCGGUUCAAGUUACGCAGCUAACCCCCAUCCAAGGGAGCUGCUCCGGGAGAGGCUGUCUCGACCGAACCAUGCGGUCCACACGCCGAACAGGAGGCUGUCCUUCUCCCGGGACGCCGUUGGAUCAACAGGCAGAUUUGUCAUCACCCCUCAGCGGCACUACCCCCUUCUGCAGUCUGGCACCGCGUCGUUGGGUGUGCUGCCCCCAGCCCACUGGGACAGCUUCAGGAGGAAGAACAUCCUCAGCCCUCGGAACUCCACCAUGCUCCACAGCCCAGUCACGAUCAAGAUCGCUCGUCCGGACCCAAGCAACCGCAGACCGCCAACGUUAGACAAUCCAGCUUCCCCGGGCUUUGGCUGUCCCCCUGAGCCCUGCUGCACCGAGGGGGUGAUGAAGGUGCUCAAGGAGAGUCGCAAGAGAGAUGUAGUGGAGGACGGUGACGGGAGCUUCACGGCAGACCAACACAGCAAAAGAAGGCGCAACGACAGCGAGGGAAGUACACAUUCUGCAUUCGAGCCCCUUCUACCCAAUGGAACGACAUCACAGCUGGUACCAAAGCCAGGCACCCUGAAACGUGGCACAAACUCUGCGGAGGACGCUGCUGUGAAGAGGUCUCGCACGUCCUCCAUCAGCUCCGGGAGCGCGGCCCCAGCCCCCAGCGGCACCCCCGGGUCCACACGCAACCCCAUCAACAGCUCCUACAGCUCCUCGCGGGGACUGCCCAAGUGGAAGAGGACUUUGGAAGAAGGCUCCCCUCUAUCUAGUCCUGGUUCUUCUCGCCCACAAACUCCUGAAAGAGCCACCAAGAAGCCCAGGGAAGAGGUGGUCGAGUGUACCAGCUCCGUGUCCAUGGUCACACCCGACAGAACGGCGACCCGCAAUGCAGCCACUGCCUCUAAACAAACCCCUGUAGCUGUGGUGGGGGUCCGCAUGUCGUCUGAAUCCACCAGCAGUGGUGGGAAGCGCAAACGGAAGAUCCAGCUGGUGUCAAGCCAUCGGGAGGACCAGAUCUAUCUGCCGCCACCUCCAGAACUGGGCUACACGGUCACAGGAAAAGACCUGGAUCUGGAGAAGAAAGAUGCUCUGAGCAAGAUUCAGAAGUCCCUGGAGGAACCAGCACCAGAAGCACCAGCCGUCACCCCAGCCUCGCUGCCCUCCACGCAGACCGCCGCCUUCAGCUCCACCACCACACUGAGCAGCCUGCUGGCCUCGCCGCUGUCUACAGCCACCACUACCCCCGUCAGCAUGGGGCCGCCGGCCCCCGUCAUCAACCUGGACCCCACGCCCACCCAGGGAACACGAGCGUCUGCCCCGGCCUCCAACCCCCUGCUAGAGGCUCUGAAGACCAAGAGCAUCACCCCCUCUGUUGCACCUCCUGCCGCAGCCGGCGUCACAGUGUCAUCGUCCGGAGGGGCUUAUACCCAGGGGCCUCCCUCCUCCUUGACCCCCUCCCAGCUCCCCCUGCCCAGCUCCACGAUCCUGGGACAGCCCGCCAGCAGCAGUGCCCCCUCGGCCUUCACUCAGGUGCUGAAUCAGGCCAGUAAGCCUGUAGCCAGCCCAGCCAUUACGUCAGGGGCUAGCCUGUUUGGAAUAGCCAGCCCACUGUCUACAUCCACCGCCACUCCAACGUCGGCCCCCCCAGCCUACACGCUCCCCACGGCCGCCAGCACAGGGUCCGUUGUCAGCAGUAACCCCCUCCUGGCGUCCGGCUUCAAGCCCAUCUUCAUGGCCACACCCCAGCCUUCCACCGCCCCGCCAUCAGCCCAGGAAACCAAACCCACUGUGCCCACCUUCAAACCCCUCUUCGGGAGCAACGCGCCCAGCGCUGCCUUUUGUGUGAGUCCCUCCGUCACCAUGGCCACCACCUCUGCUCCCGUCGCCAACCCGACCGCUAGUUUUGGAGGCUUGAACGUCACCGCAUCAUCGAUGUUCCCCGGCUUGCCGGGCACAGCAUCCACAGUGGCCACCAGCGCCCCGCCCUCCACUGCAGCCCAGCCAGCCGUCACACCUAUGUUUGGAGCCUGGGGGGCGUCCUCCUCCACAACGAGCACCACCGCCACCUCCACGCUGGUCUCCAACACAGGCUUUCAGUUCGGAGCUGCUGCUGCUGCUUCUGCUGCUGCUCCGGCCACCACUGUAGCCGCAUCGGCUCUGCCCACCGCCGCCAAAACUAACGGCGGCUUCACAUUUGGCUCUGUAGCUGCCGUGCCCAUCGGUACUCAGGCCGUCACCACUAAGGCCGCCCCCCAGAACAUGUUUGGCUUCGGCCAGGCUGCCCCCGCUCCCAGCCAACCCACCGCCUCCUUCGGUGGCUUUGCUUUAGCCAACCCGUCUGCCGCCAUCGGCGGCACCACCACCGCCGCCGGCACCACCGCCGCCCUCAGUGCCCCCACCACCCAGUCCACCUUCACCUUCGCCAAGUCUGCGUUCAACGUCGCCCCGGCCCCGGCCGCGUUCCCCGGUCUGACCACAGCCGCCCCCAAACCGUUUGGUUUUGGGACCGCCGCGGCCGUGGCGGCGCCCAACGCGGCGCCUGCUGCUACGCCGGCCCCCUUCUCUUUCGGGGCUGGUGCCGCCAGCACCACCGCCUGUACUUUCGGGACGCCUGCUAAGCCCGCCUUUGGCGCCAGCUCCACCGGUUUCCCCUUUGGCGGCACGGCCGCACCUGCGGCAACGGCGGCAGCGGUGGCGACAGCGGCGCCCACCUUCGGCAUCACCACUCAGACUCCGAGCGCCUCGACGGCCGCCUUCACAUUCGGCCGAGGCGCCCCCCAGCAGACCGCCACACUGCCCGCUCAGCCCGCGUCAGGCGGGUUCAACUUCGGCGCCGCCAUGCCCAGCACGCCGUUCGGAGCGCCGGCCCCCAGUAACGCGGCGCCACAGAUGGCAGGCUUCAACUUUGGGGCGGCUGCAACUGACAAGCCUGCUUUUGGUACACCUAUCUUUGGCCAAAGUGCUGCAGCGGGUCCGACUCCCUUUGGUAGCCCUGCUACUCCCAUUCAAAGCUUUAAUUCUGCCCCCCCCAGUCACUUUGGGUCGCCUGCAACCCCUUCCUUCUCAAUUGGAGCCGGCUCUAAACCAUCUGGCGCUCGCCAAAGGCUGCAGGCCCGGAGGCAGCACACACGGAAGAAGUAGGACUCCACACUUCCCCGAUGGAUGUUACCCAGCUAGGUCACCAUUACCCCCAUCUACCCCAGGCCGAACUCGAUAGAUUAUGUCCUUCCACGCUUCUUUUUUUCGUGUUUCUUUUUUAGCAGGGCAGGGCUCGCAUACUGUUUUGUAGAGAGGAUGCAGAACAAAUGCCAGCAGAUGCUGUUCGGACUGAUGACGCAUAGGGUAACGGGACAAAAACGAUGGAUGCAUCCCACAUUGUAUUAUACUUGAACAGAAAUGACUUUGAAAACUGCUUGAUUUUUAUUAAGGGGGUUCCGUUUUACUUUUUCUAAUAUUUUGUUCUCUCUGCAAGAAGUUCAGACAUUGGAUCUGUGUACUGGCUGAAGCGAUUAUUUUUCUAUUCGACGGGCUAGCAGAACAGGCUAGCAGGUCCAAGCACAUUUAGUUAUUUGGUAUCACUGCAUUGCAACAUGUGUACAACAGUGUAUAUUUUUUGUUGUUGGAAGCAUUCCUUGUAAUCACUGUAUUUUUCCAUCGUCUACAUGGAAGCAUACAUUAGCAUCGACACAUUGAAUAAAUGGGUGCUUUAUUUGAAGGUCCAUUUAGAAACCAAAGUCAAUCAACGCCCAAGCUGAAAAUGGAACCUUGAGGCAGACUAAUAACUCCUUGUAUAAACAUGAAGCAGACUACCUCUUAAUAUCCACUCCUUACCAUGCGCAGAUCGCCAGUGAGAUGAGAGCUGCCGUAUUUUGUAAUUUUUAUAAAACCUGACAAAAUCAACCUUCAAAGUGUUUUGCAAUUAUUUUUGAAGGAAAGGUAGCUGUUUUUAACAGUUUGUCUUAAGUUUGAUGCUGUUUAUUGUGUGUGGUUCUUCCUGUCCUGCACCCUACACCUCUUUAUGGUCCGAUGCAUGUUCUUCACAUUAAAGACUUGUAUAUCAUGUGACAAUUAUGUAAAAAGCAAACAUCUCUCGUUCAACGUUGAGCUAUGACUAGUUGGUCUCAUUUUACAUUAAGUUAUCCAAUUGGAAUUAUGCAUAAAACAUCCAUUUCUUAAUGGGGGUCAUUCUACCAUAAGUCCCAGCAGAAUGCUAACACUUCUAGCAACCAGAUGUUCGUUAAUUCUGUACACAAUCUAAUAUUACCCGUAGUUGAGGUUCAUAGCCCAAGGUUCAGAGCUUAAGUCAUAAGCAGAUACUAGAUAAACCUCUUGUUUAACUGAAAAGAUGAGUGAAUUGAUCUGACUCUUAGGUAAAUUAAAGCGAUAUGUCUGGUUUGGGUAAGAACUUCCAAGACAUUUUCCGUUUCCGCUCAGUCCACAUGUGGGGAUGAAGAUCAAUAGUAUCUUGAAUUUAUGAUUUGUGUGUAAAUGUUUACUAGUUACAAUAAUUUUUCUUUCUGGACACCUACAACAUCUAAAAUGUUAAACAUUCUUGGCCGUUUUGUCCUUUACUUCUGAGGCCUCUUACAACAUACAUACAGAGUAGAACCACAUCCACACCUAUUCUGGGAUGAGUGUUGAAUGUGCCUCCAGAGACAUAUGUGUAGAAGUUGUGCAUGAAUACACCACGCCCAACACUUUGUCUAGCAACUGGGGAAGAUAAAUAAUGGCGAGGGUUUCUGACCUCCACCUUCCAGCUGCUGCUUCUGCCUUUAGUCUGAACUGACAGUUGGUUACCAGCUGGUUGAGUGUGAGUUUCCAAGAUUCACAUCAAUAUUGAAAGACCUGAGCCUCCUCAUCAAAGGAAACCUGGUCUGUUUGGAUGCCCUCCAAGGACCCCUCCAUCUCCUGCCCUAUAACGGUGGCAGACAGUUAAACAGCCUCCCAUGGGAACAAUCCUAUGAUGGGAGCCUCCUUUUCUCGAACAAGUAAAUCUCAAAGGUAGUUAAGGAUUGCAAUGAAUAAAAUACAAAUAACUGCA